AUGGAAUCACUGAUCUGGGAUGACAGCUGGGUCCCCACUGAGCUUGCAGAGAUCAUAUCAUACUUCCAAGGGCAUUCCACCAUCCCCAUCCCCCCACUCUCAGGCCUGCCAUUGGAGGCCAUCCAAAGCUGUCGCUCCGGGAUUGAAAACUGGAUCGAGUACCGAAAAACCCUCACAAAAAAUGAGGAGAAAAAACAGGUGGGGAUCUCCCCAACAUCUACAUCCCUCUCGUCGUCACACAGGUUUUGCAUACUUCCUGCGAGGCGUAUGUUUCAAGGCGUUUUCUUUGGGCUCCUUCAGACAAGGCUAGCCCUAAUGUGGAUGCAGUACUUGUCUACCUUCCCAGCAUAUCCAAAUCCUGUGGAGAUCCCCAGUCGUCCACAGCGAUGCCGUCUCGCCCUCCUCGACUACACCCCUGCAGGUCAGGAAAGUGGAUUUAUUGCCAAAAUAACGCACCAGCCCCAUGAAGCGGAUGGAAGCGUUCUUCCCACUUCGCUCCUUGCUGGCAACGCAAAUCGGCUUUUAAAUAAAGCCAAAUCAUUCAAGACGCUUGCUGGCCAGUGCCGCUUAGGAGCGAAUAUCCUUUAUGCCACAUGGGGCCUCUGUCAGAUUCUCGAGUUAGGAUCUGAGUGCCUGCAUGAACACAUUCAAUGGAUGAAAGAUGAAAACUCUCCGUUCAUAACAUUGGCACUGGCUGUCUGCGUUUCUCCUCUUGUCCUUCUCAUGGACACCACCAUAAAUCGGGCUGGCACCGUUCCCACAUGGACGUCGCUGGCAUUGCAUGUCUGUCAGGGGGCCCCCUUCCCCUCUAUUUCUGGUGGGGAGGUUGUGAUGGAGAACGCGAUCCUCCAAGUGGUGGUGAGUGUAUGUGAGAGAGGGGGUCUAGCAGUACAGGACCUCUGCAUCCUCAACCAUGCAUGGACUUACCUUAACCACACCUCGAGCCCCCAAGCCCCCCCUCCGGAUGUUGACCCGAUGCAAGAAGAUGGUGUUGACCUCCAAAAACAAAAGUGCACAUGCUUGCAGCACUCUGUAGGCCACUCUGACAGGUACAAGGUCCAAGCCACUUGGGCAUCGAAGAGGAGAAAGGGAAAGAAGAAGGCCAUGGCUGAAGACGAGUCAAUGGAGGAUGACACAGCUGCUGCUGUCACGAAGGGGUCCACCUCCAGAGGGGGGGAUGAUGACUGGCAUAAGUUCAUCGCCGAGUUUGCUGUCCCCGACCUCGACAACAUCAACGAUUGGCCUGAGCUGGUCAUCCCUGACUCCACUUCGCGUGUUCCCAACUCUACCCCACAUCCUUCUUCUUCUCACCACUCGACCAAAAAGGAACCCAUCCUCAUGCUGAAUCGCUUGGUAUCAUCCAUCGCUUGGGACUCAACCUGGUCCCCACACACAAUGGUGGAAGCUGAAGCGCUCACCAUGUCUCCCGAGGAUUUCCAAUCUUUGGUAAACAACGUGGGCCUCCUUGUCUUGGUCGGGCCUCCCAACAAUACCAUGCUGGACCGUCCCCUUCUCCUCUCCCAGUUGAGCAAGACAGCUCACGUGCAAUGCUUCAAUUCUGACAGCUCCAGAUCAGGGGAAGAUGAUGAACAGUCAUGGGAGCCACUGCCACAAGUGAUCGACAAACUCACUGAUUGGCGAACUUCACAGCCAUUGGUCAUGCACCACCUCAAGGGGGUUGUCCGUCUUCCUGUGGAAAGCCUCCUCAACUCUCUCGAUGGUCUCCUGUUCGAGUACCUCGACAAAAAUGGAGGCGAUCUUCCAGAAGAUUGCAACUCUUGGAGGACACCAAUGCUGGCCACUGUGGGGUCGUUUACAGCUCCACACCUGGAUGAAGAUGGGGUCGGCACCGUCCUGCAUUGCAUUGCAGGUUACAAGCUGAUAUUCUUCCCCAUCGAAUUGGAGGUCCCCUUGAUCAUUAAGUACGACAACUUGGAUACCCAAGGUAGCAUCGGAUUCGAGUACCUGUUCCACUCCCCAAACCAGUUUGGGUGCUUCGUCCUCUGCCUGGGGCAAACACUGUAG